GGACCCCGGCCGGCGCCGCCUCGCCCUGGCUGCUGGGUUCCGCGGCCCUGGCCGCCGCGUCCGUGGCCAGCGGCAGGAGGCCGGGCCGCGGCCCGCGCCGCGCGCUGCCCGCGGCCACGGCCGUGGUGGAGGCGCCCGCCGCCGCGGCGGAGGAGGCCCCGGAGGCCCCGCCGCCCUUCGACCCGGCCAAGGCGGUCGGCGUGACGGCGCCCCUGGGCUACUUCGAUCCGCUGGGGUUCUGCCAGGUCGGCGACUACGCAGGCUUCCACAAGCUCCGCAGCUCCGAGCUGAAGCACGGGCGCGUCGCCAUGAUGGCCGCCUUCGGGACCGCUUUCCAGCACUUCGUGAAGCUCCCGGGCUUCGAGCAGACCCCUGCAGGGCUCGGGGCGCUCACCGACCCUACGGGUGUGCUCGGGUUCACCUGCCUCAUCCUCCCCAUCGCCGCGUUCACGGAGAGCGUGUACUGGAAGGAUGACGAUCUGUCCAAGGAGCCCGGCAACUUCGGGGACCCGGGAGACUGGGCGGGGCUCUUCGGCGCCUUCGGCGGCGGCUACAGCGACGAGAUUCGGAACAAGGAGCUCAACAACGGCCGCAUGGGAAUGAUCUCGGUCAUGGGAAUCCUGCUGGCGGAGAUUGCCACCGGCAAGGACGGCAUCCAGCAGUUCGGCCUCUGAGCGCACCGCGGCGAUCUGAGGGUGGAUGGGUCACUGCGCUGGUGCUGCUCCCGGCCAGCCCAUGAAUCGGGCGGGCCGAGGGAGGCGCAGAUUCCAGCGGGCUUCUGCUCUGUAGGAGCAGGAGGAUUCGAACGGUUUUCGCCGGAAGACGAGCAGGCAGCAUGGCGCGGCCCGUCAAGUCUCCUCCGGCCGCACGGCAGUCUGCUGCAGUUUUCGAAGCCCGCUGCGGCUUCAGGAGCUCUUUUCUCGGUCCUCCCCGCCGCUGCUGUGGCCAUGGGCUCAUGGCUGCCGUACCGCCUGCCGGGGCGCGGAAAAUCUUGGCCGCGCAGUCGUCCGCCAGGCCGCAGUGCCAGCGGCAGUAGGCGCAGCGCAGGGCAGCAAACCCAAUGCAAAGAACAGGGAACCUAACGCACAGAACCGCAAGUCCCACGGACAGGCAACAAUGUGAGCCGAACAGCAGGGCGCAAUUUUGAAACGAA